CCCUUGGGGCAUGCUCAGUCGAGCAGCGCUCUGUUCACCUCCUUGUUGCAGAAAGCAACUGGAGAGUCACAUGCGACAACACAGUGAAAAGUACAUGGGCAACUAUUCUUAGUCCAGGAAUGUAUACAGUGCCUGGUUUCGAUCCCUCGUGAACCAGCCUUCGGAGAACUGUGACAGCACCUUGACACUAAACAAAUCCAGAAAUCACCCCCAAUGAACCUUUCACCACAGAAAGCACAAUCUUGAGAGCUUUAAUUAAUAGCUUUUAUUCUUUUUUCUUCUUUUAAAAGUCCUCUUAUGCAUGAUCUAGCCAUGGAAAGGCUCAGCAGGGAAUAAACAAGCCAAAGCGACCGAAGGCAGGGGAGGAAUAAGACAAGUAUUUUGGGGGAGAAACCCACACAACCACUGAGAAUUCAUACUUGGCUGCUGUUGACAUCUUUUUGGUUCUGCUAUGGAAGACAAGACCUCACAAGACCUCCACUUCAAAGACCAAGAUUUCUCCAACGAACUGCUAAAGCAGCUAAAUGUUUUACGGCAAAACCGAAUUCUAACUGAUGUUGUCCUCUGUACAAGCGACAUUGAAAUUCCUUGCCAUAGAAACGUUCUUGCCUCAAGUAGUCCAUACUUCAAGGCCAUGUUUUGCAACAACUUUAAGGAGAGCCACCAGGAAACGGUCAAUCUCCAGGGCAUAGAUUCAGGCAUUCUCCAUUGUAUUAUACUUUAUGUCUACACUGGAGAGAUAGUCAUAACAACAGAAAAUGUUUUCCAUUUAAUGGAGGCAGCUUCCAUGCUUCAGUAUACAAAACUGUUUGAGGCUUGUUCGGCCUACCUCCAGGACCGGCUUACCCCUGAAAACUGCCUCAGUUUGAUUAGGCUUUCCGAAAUCUUGCAUUGUGACACUCUCAAUAAGAAAGCCAAAGCAGUGGCUCUGAAAUAUUUCCCUGAAGUAGCCACUUCUGAAGACCUGAAGGAGUUAUGUGCCUUGGAGUUGAUAGAAUAUCUUGGGGAUGAUGAGUUAUGUGGAGAGGAGGAACAAGUUUUUGAGGCUCUCAUGACUUGGGUAAGGCAUGACCUCCAAGCAAGGCAAAGCUACAUUCAAGACUUGUUCAAGAAGGUACGGCUUCAGUAUGUCCAUCCAACCUUCUUCUUCCACUUCAUCGCCAACAACUCUCUCAUUCAGUCAUCCCCUGCUUGUAGAGUUAUGCUGGACCUGGCAAACAAGCAGAUGUUUUCUUUAUAUAGCAUCAGUGCUCCUGAGGUCAAACCCAUGUGGCAUGUUCCUCGGAGAUAUUCCUAUCAGGAGUUCCUCCUCUUGGUUGGUGGCCGCAAAGACAACCAACAGACAACCAAAGAUGUCUUGCUGUAUGAUGAGAAGACAGGCCAAUGGUUGAGCCUUGCCAAAUAUCCAUUGGCUCUUUACAAGGCCUCUGCCGUGAGCCUCCACAGCAACAUUUACCUCCUUGGAGGCAUUCCCAUAAGCAAUGGGAAGAACCAAGUCAGUAACCAUGUCUAUAUCUUCUCACUCAGACUUAACCAGUGGAGGCUGAUUGAACCCAUGCUGGUUCCACGCUAUUCCCACAGGAGUGUCGCCUAUAAAAACUACAUCUUUGCCAUUGGAGGCAUUGGAGAAACCCAAGACAUCUUAAAUUCCAUGGAAAGGUAUGACAGCAUCUACAGUGUUUGGGAACAUGUGGCAAACAUGCCGGUCGCUGUUCUUCAUCCAGCGGUGUCUGCCAAAGACCAAAGAAUCUACCUCUUUGGAGGAGAGGACAUGAUACAAAACCCUGUCCGUUUAAUACAGGUCUACCACGUGUCUAGGAACAUGUGGUUUCGAAUGGAGACAAGGAUGGUGAAGAACGUCUGUGCGCCAGCAGCUUUGAUUGGUGACAGGAUUUAUAUUGUUGGAGGGUACACCAGACGAGUAAUUGCUUAUGAUACAAAGGUCAAUAAAUUUGUCAAGUGUGCAGAUAUGAAGGAGAGGAGGAUGCAUCAUGGAGCCACGGUCAUCAAUGAGAAGCUCUAUGUGACAGGAGGUCGCUGCCUUACCAUUGACAAUGCCAUCGAAGACUCUGAUUCACUGGAUUGCUAUGACCCCAGGCUGGACACUUGGGUUUCCAAGGGGCGACUGCCACACAAACUCUUUGACCAUGGAUGUCUGGCACUACAGUGUGUCCCUUACGCCAAGCUCUGCGAGAGCAGAACAGAAGGAAAAUGAGUCUUCCUUUCUCAGUGCAAAAGGCCCAGGUUACUAACCAUUUGGAAAAUGCUGGUAGAGUCUCAUAAUGGGAGGCCUCAAAAAAGAUCUGCAAAUAGGAUAUGCAAGUCUCUGGUUCCAGGUCCCAUGUCUUGUUCUGUUAUGAGGAAGAAGUGAGGGGUUUACCUAGGUUGGCAAAUUUGGAGUGAAAUUAAUGGAUGGCAAAUGGCUUCUCGUUUCAUUAUAUAAUUUUUAUAUUUUUUAACUUUAAGGUGAUCAUUUAAAUGUUCUAUCUCAAACAUCAAAUGUACUGUAUUCUCUCUCUAACCUUCUGUGGACAUUCCUCUCAACUCCAAAUUCUGAGAAGCUGUGACAGAUAAAGCAAGAUCAGACAUCGGCAACAGAUUUAAUGUUGAUUCUGUUAGGUCUAUGAUCUUAAAUCUAAGUAUUCUUGCUUUCUGAGAAUUCUUUUCUCCUUCAAACAAUGGAAAGAGCUGGGCUUUUCAUAUUCCAUUUAUUAAGGGAAGGUAGAGCAUCACUCCAUACCAUGGAUCCCUUCCUUGGAUGAGCCUGUUUGACAUUGGUAGCUUACCCCAGAUGUGAUAUGAUAGUUGGGCAUUGGUAGGCUAUGGUUGACAUUAGUAGCUUACGCCAGAUGUGAUAUGAUAGUUGGGCAUUGGUAGGCCAUGGUUGACAUUAGUAGCUUACCCCAGAUGUGAUAUGACAGUUGGGCAUUGGUAGGCCAUGGUUGACAUUAGUAGCUUACGCCAGAUGUGAUAUGAUAGUUCGGCAUUGGUAGGCCAUGGUUGACAUUAGUAGCUUACCCCAGAUGUGAUAUGACAGUUGGGCAUUGGUAGGCCAUGGUUGACAUUAGUAGCUUACGCCAGAUGUGAUAUGACAGUUGGGCAUUGGUAGGCCAUGGUUGACAUUAGUAGCUUACCCCAGAUGUGAUAUGAUAGCUGGGCAUCAGUAGGCCAUGGUCCCACUCUACCAGGAAGAAAGAGUUGGUAGGCUUUGGCAUAGAGGGAAAGUGAAAGACAGGGAACAGCUUGAGAUAUACUCCAACUUGAAGGCAUUAGCCAUCUCUGCUAUAAAAGAAGAAGUGGUAGGUUCUGGAAGAGAAUCAUAGAAUCAUAGAGUCAUAGAAUAGUAGAGUUGGAAGAGACCUCAUGGGCCAUCCAGUCCAACCCCCUGCCAAGAACCAGGAAAUCGCAUUCAAAGCACCCCCGACAGAUGGCCAUCCAGCCUCUGUUUAAAAGCUUCCAAAGAAGGAGCCUCCACAACAAUGAAGAACAAUGACAGCUUGUGAUCAGAUUCAGGAACAAUAGAUAUGUUGAGCUGAGAAAGAUGGUGGGAGAUGAGGAUGUCAGAAGAUAGUGAGGCUAGCCUCAUGUCAGGAGUCUAUUUGUUCUGUUCCUUGCCUCACGUUUCUGUCUUUUUCUUUUCCGCUGUGGGGUUUAAGGUUUUCACUUUACUUCACCAGGAGUUACUAAGUAGGUGAGGUGUUAUGACUAGGUUCCUUGUGCCUCCAAGACAUUUCCAACUCAUGGCAACCCUAUCACCAUCAGGCGUUCAUACGCAGGGAUGGAUCUAAGCGUGUUGUUUUCUUUAUGCUAUAACGUGUUUAUAAUUUUAAUGCACUUCCCAUUUCCUUUUGCCUAAUCAGACCUGACAGAAUUAUGAAAUAAAUAGAUGCAAAGAUAAACAUGUA